AUGCUACAAAACAAGAAGUAGGAAAUUGAAAAAGAAAGAAUAUAAGAAUUUAGAAGUUAAGAAUUUAGAAGUUAAUCUUUGAGAUUCUGGAGAAUUAAAAGAAUGGAAAGAAGAAGAUUAAAGAAGAACAAUUAAUUGAAGCCUAAAUAGAUCAGUUAAAAGAAAUAAAUUAAAAGCGCAGAAAAAUAGAGAAUUGCAGCUGAAGUAAGAAAAACUAAACUCACAUAAUAGUAUAUGAAUGCCAAUAAAGCUAUGAUCUAAAUGAAAGCUUGGAAAUCUCAAUAAGAUGGUAAUUCUUUAGAUACAUUAAUUCAGGAUUGGAAAGAGAAAUAAAAAUACAAAACGAAAAGUUGAUUGUUUAAGGAGGAAUAAAAUCAGUUAAUUUAAAAGAAAUGAAGAUUCUUGAAGAGUAAGCAAAGAGAUUAAUUAAGACUAAAGUAGAUUUCAAUUAGGCUUAUGAUAAGGAGUUGAAAACAGCCUAUCAAAUGAAUAAAGAGCCAUUGAGAAGAAGCCUAAAAUAGAACUUAAAUGUUCAAUAUUCAAAGGGAAGGGAAGGAAGAGAAUACUAAAAAUAUGAUUAAAAAAAAUGA